GCCGCGGAGGCUAUAAAAGGCGGCUGCGCGGAGCGGGGCGGGAGGGCGCGGCCGGUGGGCGAGGCUGUUUGGGCGCUGUGCAAGAUGGCGGAGGGUGACAACAACAGCGUCUACCAGCUGGCUGCCGAAACUGCUAGCUUGGAAGAGCAGUUGCAAGGAUGGGGAGAAGUGAUUUUGAUGACCGAUAAAGUUCUUCGCUGGGAGAGAGCCUGGUUCCCUCUGGCGCUGAUGAGUGUUGUUUCCUUCUCUUUUCUGAUGAUCUACUACUUGGACCCAUCAGUUCUUUCAGGCGUCUCCUGUUUCGUUAUGUUCCUCUGUUUGGCUGAUUAUCUUGUUCCUGCUCUUGCACCUAGAAUCUUUGGCUCUAAUAAGUGGACUACAGAACAGCAGCAAAGAUUUCAUGAGAUCUGCAGCAGUUUGGUAAAAUCUCGUCGCCGAAUUGUUGGCUGGUGGAAACGUCUCUUCACGCUGAAGGAAGAGAAGCCUAAAAUGUACUUCAUGACCAUGCUUUUUUCUCUUGCUGUGGUUGCCUGGAUUGGACAGCAAGUUCACAAUCUCUUCCUGACCUAUCUUAUUGUAAGUUUCCUGUUGCUUUUUCCUGGACUAAACCAGCAUGGGAUCAUCACGAAGUAUGUUGGAAUGGCAAAAAGGGAGGUUAACAAACUUCUCAAGCACAAGGAAAAGAAAAAUGAAUGAAGACUUAACUGCUGUUCACUCUCAUAAAAGGUUUCCUGGGGAACAGUUUUGAGAGUUAAUGUAUAAUUUCAGUAGAAGUUGUAUUCCUCACUGGCUUCUUUUUUUUUUUUUUACUGGCUCCCUGAUGAAGUGAAAAUGUCACUGUAGCAACUGCUGUGGGUUUUGUGUCUCUUGCUGUGCUGACUGGGGUUCUGCAGCCUGUGGCUGAUCUUGUAUGAAAGAUCCUGUCCUUUGAUGUACGGAGCCUGUUCAGUGUCUUCACCAAACUAGGAGGCCCUGUGAAUAAAUACCCAACUUGUCAAACAGCUGAACUGUAAUGUGAGAUAGCAAUUCUGUAGCUGUGUUCCAUUCACUGAUCAGUAAUUUGUGGCUGCAGCAAGUAUGAAAAGCUUAAAGUUCUGAAAGCUUACUUUUCUUGGGGGGUUGUUACUACUGAUCCUUGUGGAAUGGAGGGGACCAUUAACUGAGUAAGAAUGAUGAUAGCUGAGGGUGUAUAUGGAAAGCUGGGGCAGAAGGUGAUCCCACUGUCUUACUGAACCUGUUUGCUCUUCUUUUUUGGCUGCAUAUACCCAAUAAGCUAUUGAAUGGGGGUAUGGAAUAUAUAAAUUUGUAGUUCAGUUAUUUAGCUGUAGUAUAAACUUAAACUCGUUGCACUGAGACUGUAGGAAAAUGAGUUAAGGUGUGUGUUACCUUAACAGCUGAUUGUUUGAAAACCUGCUGUUGUCACGGAGCCAUGUAGCAUGUUUGGUUUUAUGAAUGUUGUUGUCUGUAAAAAAGUCAGACAAAUAUGCUAGGUUCGUGUCUGUAAAUAAGCCUGUCUGGACUGUUUGUGCUUUUCUAUGACCUCUCCCUCCUUUUUUAAAAACUGAACUUUUUUUUCUUUAAACCGCUAAAACCUGUGUUCAUGUUUUAAAAGUUUACUGUUCUAAAAUGAACUCUCUUCAGUGUCCAUUGUAACUGUUGAAUAGGUAAAUACAGAUUAAAGAGAAACUUCUUUAA